AUGGCCACCGACAAUGACACCAAGCUCGCUGUAGCAGAGCUCGGCCCAACCCCCGCGCCGGAGGCCAUGAAACUCUGCACCGUCUGCGUAGCCACGGCGACCCACGACGCCAUGUCGCUGCCGUCACAGCAGGGGCAGUGGCUGCGCGCCGCCGUCCUCGGCGCAAGCGACGGCCUCGUCUCCACCUCGGCGCUCAUGCUCGGCAUCGGCGCGGCACGACCCGCCGACCCGCGGGCAGCGCUCCUGUCGGGCGUGGCGGGCCUCGUCGCCGGCGCCUGCAGCAUGGCCAUCGGCGAGUACGUAUCGGUCCACGCGCAGCUGGACGUGGAGCUGGCCGGGCUUAAGCGGCUCGAGGAGGCGCGCGGGUACCCGGCGGACCGGGCGGGGCUGCCGAACCCGUGCCACGCGUCGGCGGCCUCGGCGCUGUCCUUCGCGGCCGGUGCGGCCAUCCCGCUGCUCGCGGCGUGGUUCGUGACAAGCUACGGGGUGCGGGUCGCCGUGGUCGUCGCGACGGCGACUCUGGCCUUGGCGGUGUUCGGCGCCCUCGGGGCGGUGCAGGGCCGCGCUCCAGGGGGGCGGGCUGGGCUGAGGGCCGCACUGGGAGGAUUGGUGGCGAUGGGGGUCACCUACGGUCUCAUGAAACUGUUCCGGACUCAUUCAGAUUGAUAUAUGGCUUGAACUUCUUCUUUUUUUUGGCGGGUGAAGCUUGAACAAACUUGUCAUGGGUGUGUUUCUCUUCUUCUUUUUUGAUGAGGGAAAAAACAGUAGGUGAAUUGCCUGCGUGGUUAGCAAAUCCUAGCUUGUGAUGUACAGUAGUAUAUACAAUUAAGAUUUGUUCACUAGUAGCAUGCUUGUUGGCAAAAGCGCUUCUAACGCUCGUGUCAUGUAAAGCUGUCACGUGAGUAGU